CUCAAACUUAUUGCUUGCUAGUAUCUUCUGGCUUGUUUUUAGGCUUGAAGCCAAACCCUAGAUAGCUAAAAACUCACAAAAGUACAUCACCUAAACUAUAACCUAGACUACUAAUACUAAAUCUUUUUGUUAGCUAGUUUUUCUACCUAUGGCCCUUGCAAAAGAUCAUCAAACACCCUCGUGUUCAUUCUAUGGUAGUAUGUUUGAAGGCGGUUCGUCGCUUCAAUUCCCUCAUAUCUCCCCUUAUGGGUUUGAUGAUUAUAAUCAAAAACAACAAGAAGAUGUUGAUAGUCUAGAAAGCCCUAAUAGUAACAAGAUGAUGAACAAUAGUCAAGUUUUAAGCCCUUCUCCACCCCUUUCUAGUUCAAGUAGUGCAAAUUCAAGCAAUAAUGGAUUUGUUAUCCAUCGUCCUCACACUUCAAACUAUCAUCCUCAUGAAGAAGCUCACUCCUUAAUUAACUUCAAAGCUAGUUAUGAAAGCUUUAUGCAUGGUAAUGGAUCUUUACUUAGCUUUCAACAAGAUGAUCAAGCAACAAAUAAUUCUAAUUACCCUAAUAAUGAUCAUCAUUCAUCCUUUCCAAUUUGGGAAGGUAGUAGUUGUAGUAGUGGUAUGAGCCAUGAUCACCUUAAAAUGAUGAAGAAUUGUGGUUCAAAUAUGCGCCUUUUGGAAGAGGUUAAUUGUUUACAAACAACAAGUAUUGGUGGCUAUCAAGAUGAAGCUAAUGAAUGGUUGUUUGCUGAAACUAUUGUUGAUCCACCUCAAGAAUCCGGAACUCCACAAACAUCCUUCCAUAAAAGACUUUAUAUGGAGGAAGAUAACAUGCAAGCUUCUAAGAAACAGUGCACAAAUGGUUUCUCAAAAAAGCCUGCAAAAUCCAAGCCUUCAACUUCUAAGGAUCCUCAAAGCAUUGCUGCCAAGAAUCGACGAGAACGAAUCAGUGAAAGGCUAAAAAUACUCCAAGAUCUUGUCCCCAAUGGUUCUAAGGUUGAUUUGGUGACCAUGUUAGAGAAAGCUAUUGGUUAUGUCAAAUUCCUUCAAUUGCAAGUGAAGGUAUUGGCAACCGAUGAAUUUUGGCCGGCAGCCGGUGGAAAAGCUCCCGAUAUUUCUCAAGUAAGGGAAGCCAUUGAUGCAAUUCUUUCCACCCAACGAUCUUCGGAAAGAUCAACACCAAGUACAAGCACAAAGUAGAAUUGAAUGAUGAGUAAAAGAGACGUAUUUUACGAGAGAUUGAAGUAAGAGGACGAAGAAGAUCAAAGAAGCUAAGAAGAGACAAAAGGAAUUCAAAUAAUAUUAAACAAAUAUGAAGUCAUAGAGACAAAGUUCUCAGACAAAUUAAUUACCUAACUUAGUAACAAAAACCUAGGUAAGAAAAAAAGAUUUUAUCUGAACAAAUACUACUUUUUAGAAAAGAUCUUAAAUUCGAUUCUCACUUACUCAAUAUAAUAAAAAAAAACUAGGUAAUUACUACUUCUUGGAGGAGUUUAGGAACUUUAGGCCUAGAUUCCAUGUAGGGGACAAUAGAUAUUGUCAAAUGUUUAUUUGUUUGUAUUUACUUUUUUGUUUAAUAAUUAAUUAUAUUUCUUACUUAUCUUCAUGUAA